AUGAGACUAGAGAAAUUGGUGCUGUUCUUGGUGGGACUGGCCUCGAUGUGGGGCGAGGGGACUAAAGAAUGUGGAUUGCGGCCACUAGCAGGCCCUCCCAUCCCAUUGCGAGUGGUAGGGGGACAGGAUGCUGACAGAGGUGCCUGGCCCUGGCAGAUCAGCUUGCAGCGGCGGCAUCAGGGAGGUUUCCUGCAUGUCUGCGGCGGCUCCCUCAUCAGCAGGAAUUGGGUGGUGACAGCUGCACACUGCUUCACCCCUCUGAACAGGUGGAAACAUCGCUGGGUUGUGAUCACAGGUCUCCUAAUGCAAUCCCACUACAGCGCUUACACAAAGGUCCUCAGGCUGAGGCGGAUCAUUGUUCAUCCUGGCUUUAACAGUGAGACCUUCAAUAACGACAUAGCCCUGUUACAACUUCACAGGAGGAUUGCAUUUGACAACUAUACUCAGCCUAUUUGCCUGCCACAAAACAGUUCACUGCAAGCUGGACUUGAGCUGUGUUACAUCAGUGGCUGGGGGUCUAUGGAAUCCAAUGGACCAGGAGCAGACAUCCUGCAGGAAGCAGAACUGAAGCUUAUUCCCAGUGGGAUCUGUAACCUGGCUUCUUGGUACAAUGGCAUCGUGCAAUACAGUAUGGUGUGUGCAGGCUAUGAGGAUGGGUCUGUUGACACCUGCCAGGGCGACAGUGGAGGACCUCUGCAAUGCUUUGAUUUCAAGGAUCUUCGUUUCUACUUGGUGGGUCUCUCCAGCUUCGGAGCCCUAUGUGCCAUGCCUCGCAAG